AGUGAGUAUGAUGUGGGUAAAGCCCAGCAAGGAGACUGAAAAAAACAAAAAAUUAGACAGGCAGGAGAACUAGAAGAGAGCAGUGUCACAAAAACUUAAGUGAGAAGAGGAAGACUGACAACAUUAAAAGGUUGCACAAUAUAAUCUCUAAAGGCCCUCCAUUUUCAAAAAUGAACCUCUGUAAAGGGUAGUUUCAAUUGAAUUAUGUAUUGUAGAGAUGCACUGCAGAGUUGAGUAAGAGGAACUGGGUACCCCCACAAAUGAGCUUCUCUUCUAAACUUCCCAAAUUUUCUUCUCUAUUUCCCCCUCUUCCCCAAGUUUUCAUGUUUAUCUCCACAGAUAACUUUGUCAUUUUACUCCAUCAGCCCUUAUUUAUUUUUGCCAGUUCCCAUCAAUAUUACUUUCACAAACUCCCACAUCCAUUAAAAAAAAAAAAAUCAAUUCGUACUACCUCUACCGUAAUUGAUCCUCCCGGUCUCCUCACUUUCACUCUCUUCCCCUCUCCCACUAUCAACCCUCAGUAUCCACUCUUCUGUCCAGACAAGUUAUUGGCCCAAACUUAUUCAGAACUCGAAGAGCAUUUUCACAGGUCUCCCUAAGCUUUUUCUUGGAAGUUUUCCCAGAGCCCGCCCCCAACAUAAAAUACUCUCUCCCUUUGCAGCUUUUCCUACAACAUUUUUGGUUCGGCCUUUUUACACUCUCUGUUUCAUUGCACUUAUUCGCACACAUAUCAAUUCCCAUUUGAAUUGUAAUCUCCUUAAGUGCAGUUUGUGUUCAUCUUUUUUUUUUUUUUUUUCUUUUUUGUCACAGAGGAAGAACUAAGAUAUUUAAAUUGAAUUCCCCGCCCUCAUCUCUACGACAACCAUCGGAACCCACCCUAGUUCAAGUUGACCUGGAAACGGAAGUAAAUAGUCAUUGCUACUUCUGGGGAAACGUUUUCUAGAGGUCUUUCUACGUAGAAAAGCCGAGCUGCCUUCUUCAUAGGCCAAAGGUAGAAGGAAAGAUUCCUCUUAGCGUGAUGUCAAAGAAUCUCAUGGAAGGCUGAAGAAGGAAGCGAGAAAAGACUAAAUCUCUACCUCUCUAUGGCAGUCCAGACACACCUCCCCUCUCUUUUUUUCCUUAGAAACUAUCGGUCUCUUUGAGAACCUGGGCUUGUCGCUGAGGAUUCUGGGUGUUGUUCGGGGUAGGGUGUCAGGAUAUAAGUGGGGAUCUGCGCGGGGAUUUCUGGGACUUGCAGUCCCGGUAGGGCGAGUGCAUACUAGGGCUGCCGCUUGAGUCUUCUUGGAAUCAGAGUACCUGAGGUCUAUCUACAAAGAGAAAUUAAUUUCUGUGAAGAUUAAAUCCUAGCAAAUUUUGGCAUCAGCUCUUCUAAUUCAGAAUGUCUACAAAAGUAAAGGAGACUUCAAUGCUGGUUUCACAAACACCAGAUGAACAAGAUAGAAUUUUUAUAGUGAAGAUGGAAGAAGAGGAAAUUCACAACUGUGAACAGGAACCCAACUUCCACUGGAACAACUGCUAUAGCCCAGAAACGUUUCGACAGCGUUUCAGGCAGUUUGGCUACCAGGAUUCACCUGGGCCCCGUGAGGCCCUGAGUCAGCUUCGUGAAUUUUGCCAUCUGUGGCUAAGGCCUGAAAUGCACACAAAAGAGCAGAUCUUGGAGCUGCUGGUUCUAGAGCAGUUCCUGGCGAUUCUGCCAAAGGAGCUCCAGACCUUAGUACAAAAGCAUCAUCCAGAGAAUGGAGAGGAGGCAGUAACUGUGCUGGAAGAUUUGGAAAGAGAGAUUGAUGGACCAGGCGAACAGGUCUCAUUCUGUCAACAAAAUCAGGAAGAGAUGAUACUUCAGGGAGCAGAUCAGGAGUCACUAAGUCUUCAAGUCCAGCCUAUGGUUAACCAGCUCAAAUGGGCAUCUUGGGAGCUCCAUGCCCUAAGACGAAGUGGUGAUGACACCAGAGUGGAAAAUGUAGAACUGGCUCCAAAACAACUUUCUUCUGAUAUAGAGUCACAUGGUAGCAUUCCUAGAACCCUCAAUAUGAAUGUUCCUCAGGUUUUAAAAUUUAGAGAAACCUGUGAAAGUGACAGCAGAUUCAAAAGAAGGCAGGGAAAUCCCUCUCGCAAAAAACAAUAUAAAUGUGAUGAAUGUGGUAAAAAUUUCAGUCAAAGCUCAGCCCUUAUUCUUCAUCAGAGAAUCCAUAGUGGAGAAAAACCGUAUGAAUGUGAUGAGUGUGCAAAAGCUUUCAGCAGAAGCUCAAUUCUUAUUCAACAUCGGAGAAUUCACACUGGGGAGAAACCUUAUAUAUGUCAUGAAUGUGGGAAAGCAUUCAGUCAAAGUUCCAAUCUUUUUAGACAUAAGAGAAGGCACAAUAAAGAAAAAAUCCUAACAGUGUCAUGAGUGUUUAAAAGCAAUCAAAACCUUUUCAUCAGAAGAGAAGACUCAAAGAUCCUUUUGAUGAAAUUAGUAUAGUUUUAGUGGGCAUAAAUUCUCUAUUGAAGAUCAGAAAAGCCACUGUGGAGAAUGUGAAACAUUAAUCACCAUUUCUUCUAUAUAUACAGUGCCAUCCCCAACAGACAUUUGAGAAUCCUAGAUUUACUUCAAGGAAUCAUCCUUUAAAUCCCACUUGUUGGGAAUAAUCUGUUAAUUUAUUUUAUUUCCAUUGCCAUGUCAACUAGAUGACUGUUUGCCCUCUCUUCUAAAAUUGUCCUUCUUAGAUAAUACCCCCUAUUUAGAAUGAAGGUAAGAGUUCUACAAUGUAAUUCAUUGAAAAGAUGGGCUCUUUUUAUUUUUAAAAAUACAACAUAAGAGUUCUAGCAAUAAGUUUGAAGACAUAUUUUUCAGCUCUUCUAUUAGACCUGUUGAUUUUGUCCAGAAUCUAUGAUUUCGUUGGCAUAAAGAACAUUUUCCACUGCACAUUCACAAUUCAAACGGUGAUCAUGACACUUGCAUAUGUGAGAGAUAGGACUUGAACUCAUAUUCAUCAGAUUUCAAAAUCAACAUUCUUAUUUACAAUACCAAGCAGUCUCUCUUAUUAUCACACUUUGAUAUAAAGAUUCAGGCUUGUCGUAUAAUGAUUCAGGAAGAAUAGUCAAAGAGUACCAAGAAUAGAUGGUCACCAUUAUCUAGGAUGAGAGAAAUGGACAAGACUUCCAGGUUAGAAAAUAGACAUACUAUGAUUGAAACUAUUAAGAAUGUAAAUAGUAUGUAGUUUAGAGACGGCUCAUUGACAAAAAUAAGAUGCUUUCUGGUGUUAGUAGGAAUCCUCUAAGUUUAAAAAAAGUAUGUGUAAAAUAAGCUACCAAAUCAGAUUAUCACAUGAUAUGAAAGCAUAUUUUAGCAAACUGAUGGUAUGCUAAGUGGUCAUAGCAUCAUCAUCAUCAUCUAGGAAAGGGAAGGUUUAGAAUAAGACUUUUUCAGUGUAUCUGCAGCAUUUCUAAGAGAAUCCCUGUAUUAGCUGACUUUUGUAUCUAUAUUAUACUGGCAAGAAUAUCUUCACAAAAAAAUAUGAUUGACUGAGCUAUUGCAUCUUAUUGUCAUUUAAGUGUCAUUUAAAAUUAGGGUAAGGAGAAUUUAAGAUAAUUUUGUCACAGAAUUUCAGAAGUCUCAGUACCUGAGAGACCUUAGUCUAAACCAUAACUGACAAUGAAUCCCUAUGAAUGUGAUAUAUUCUUAAUAGUAUUCACCAUAUAGCUCAAUAUCAGAAAAAGGUAAUGAACACAACUAUGUAAUUGUGCUUAAUAGAUAUUUUUUCGCAAAAUAAAUUGAAAAUUUAAAACUUAAAAAUAUUAAAAAUAAAAGUAAAAUUAAAGUUACUUGCUAAUACAAAUAAAUUUUGGGAUUUGGGUUGUCAUGUCAAACUUGGGUAAGUUUAGCUGCUAUUUCCAACAGAAUUGAGAUCUGAGUCUGGACCCAUGAUGAUAUAAAAAUUUAGGAAUUGGUACUACCUGCUUUAAAGAACUUGCCAAAAUCUUUUGUAAACAUUCUUCAAAAUUAAAGUUAAAAAGCAUAUCCACUAUAGUUUAUAAUUUUUAAAGAUUUUACAUUUUUCAGCAGUUCAUCAAUAUAUAUUGGGCAAAUAUAAUAGCACUGAAAUUAUAACUACAUGUUUAAUGGAAACAAGUGUUCUAUUUGAAAAUAAAAUAGCUGGUUUAUUUAUUUAAAUGACUUGGACAGAAAUUAAUAAACUAAUUUUCCCUUUUGAGGGAUUCAUUAUGCGUAUUAUAAUAAUACACAUUUUGUUAGUGAUAAUGCUUAUGUUACGUACUCCAUUAACUAUAUUCUCCUUUUAUGCUUCAAUUACACCACUGGGUAGAAAAACAUUAGAUAUAAAAAUGAGACAUGAGAAGGAAGAAGCAAAAGAAGAUAUCUGUAAUUGGUUCUUUGGUCUCUCUAUAACUGUUACAAAGUAUAAUCAUUUCACACUUCUCCCAAGAUUAUAUAUCUAGUGCUUUGGAUGAUUCCAAAAGUUUGGAAUUAGUGUGGGCCAGUUAACAAUACAUGUGACAAAUACAUAGUAAAAAAAUCAUCAAAAAAAAAAAAUAUACCAGUGUGGAGAAGUAAAUGCAAAAUGGAGCUUCUUUAUAAAUAUGCUGAUAGUGAUUAUGUCAUGUGGAUUGUAGAGUUAAGUAUGUAUGUAUGACUAUGUACUGAUAUAAUGUAUUUUAUAUUAUAGAAAAUGUAAGGGUCUUUUGUUUGGGACUCAUUCUCCUUGUGGCUAAAGGGAACAAACCAAUGACCAAUAAAGCAAUGACUCCCCAUAAA